AUGCCUCACCUGCGAAUCGGCACAAUACUCGCCUCACGCGCUGCUCGGCUCAUAACCCAUUUCGUCAUUUUUCCCCCUUCCGCCUCUCGUUUCCUCAAUCUCAUUUCCCCCCCUUCCGCCUCUCAUUUUCCCGGAGCUCCUCCCUCUCGUUUCCCCCCUUUCUCCCUCUCGUUUCCCCCCUUUCUCCCUCUCGUUUCCCCCCUUUCUCCCUCUCGUUUCCCCCCUUUCUCCCUCUCGUUUCCCCCCCUUCCGCCUCUCAUCUUCCCCCCUUCCGCCUCUCGUUUCCCCCCCUUCUCCAUCUCGUUUCCUCCCCUCCUCCCUCUCGUUUCCCCCCCUUCCGCCUCUCAUUUUCCCCCCCUUCCGCCUCUCGUUUCCCCCCCUUCUCCAUCUCGUUUCCCCCCCUCCUCCCUCUCAUUUCCCCCCCUUCCGCCUCUCGUUUCCCCCCCUUCUCCCUCUCAUUUCCCCCCCUCCUCCCUCUCGUUUCCCCCCCCUUCCCCCUCUCGUUUCCCCUCCUUCUCCUCUCAUUUCCCCCCUUCUCCCUCUCAUUUCCCCGUUUUCCCCCUCUCGUCUCCCCCCCUUCUCCCUCUCAUUCCCCCCCCCCCUCCCUCUCGUUUCCCCCCUUUCUCCCUCUCGUUUCCCCCCUUUCUCCCUCUCGUUUCCCCCCCUUCCGCCUCUCAUCUUCCCCCCUUCCGCCUCUCGUUUCCCCCCCUUCUCCAUCUCGUUUCCUCCCCUCCUCCCUCUCGUUUCCCCCCUCCACCCUCUCGUUUCCCCCCCUUCCGCCUCUCAUUUUCCCCCCCUUCCGCCUCUCGUUUCCCCCCCUUCUCCAUCUCGUUUCCCCCCCUCCUCCCUCUCAUUUUCCCCCCUUCCGCCUCUCGUUUCCCCCCCUUCUCCCUCUCAUUUCCCCCCCUCCUCCCUCUCGUUUCCCCCCGCCUUCCCCCUCUCGUUUCCCCUCCUUCUCCUCUCAUUUCCCCCCUUCUCCCUCUCAUUUCCCCGUUUUCCCCCUCUCGUCUCCCCCCCUCCUCCCUCUCGUUUCCCCCCUUUCUCCCUCUCGUUCCCCCCCCUUCUGCCUCUCAUUUCCCCCCUUUCCCCCUCUCGUUUCCCCCCCUUCUCCCUCUUGUAACUCCCCCUUCCCCCUCUCGUAUUCCCCCCUUCCCCCUCUCAUUUCUCCCCCUCCUCCCUCUCGUUUCCGACCCUUCCCCCUCUUUCCCACCCUUCCCCCUCUCGUUUCCCACCCUUCCCCCUCUCGUUUCCCACCCUUCCCCCUCUCGUUUCCCACCCUUCCCCCUCUCGUUUCCCCUCCUCUCAUUUCCCCAACUUCUCCCUCUCAUUUGCCCCCUUCCCCCUCUCAUUUCCCUGCUUUCCCCCCUCAUUUCGCCCUCCUUCCCCUCAUUCACCCUUUCCUUACCCUCAUCUCCCCAUCUCGUUUCUCGCAUUUCCCCUACUCCGUCCCCUCGUUUCCCCCUCUCCCCUCAUUUCAUCCUCUCGAGGGUUCGGGUGAGUGCAAAACUGUGUGCGGCGCACACAGGCAUAGAGGGACAAAUCGUUUGCGCUGGAGUGAUCCGCCCUUGCUCUUAUGUUGCCGCGUCUGCUCACGAAUGCGCUCGUCAGCUCUCCAUUUGUCACACAAUCAGCUUUGCACCUCCCACCACCCACUGA